AAUUCCGCAACACAUCUGCCAGUCGUCUUUCCCAGUUGAAUUUAACCGCGUAACAUAAACUUUGCAAUACGUGACUUCUUUCGCAGCAGCCCAUCGCCUGCGCGAGUAGUCAAACAUUUUUGAUUUGUGCUGAAAACGCAGUCUUUGUUAUCUAGUAGAUGAAAGGUGGACUUCACAGGACUGAAAGCGGCGGAUUCGAGUGUUUUUUUGAGUAUCAAAAACCAAAUACUAUGAGCUUCAUAGAGGUCAUAGUAACAAUCGGUUCAGUACUGUUACUACUAGUUACUUUACCAUUUUCGCUGUUCUGGUGUUUCAAGGUAGUGCAGGAAUAUGAGAGGGCGGUCAUUUUUCGACUGGGAAGAUUGAGGAAGGCGGAGCUAGAGGACCAGGAAUAUUUUUUGUCUUACCAUGUUUGGACAGUUAUUGCAAGGUGGAUUUAA